AUGCGCGAAAGCGAAGAACUCGACUGGGACUUGGUUUACAUCGGUCGUAAGAUUUUAAUGGACGACAAAGAGGAAUUCGUAACGGCGCAUACCACUAAACCACUGUAUUCAUAUUGGACGCUGGGCUACUUGAUCUCGGAGCGAGGCGCGCGCAAGCUGCUCGACACCAAGCCGUUGGACAACAUGCUCCCGGUCGACGAGUUUCUACCCAUCAUGUUUGAUCAACAUCCAAAUGACGAGUGGAAGGCUCACUUUCCUGUGCGCAACCUUCAAGCAUACUCGGCAGCACCUCUCCUGGUCAACCCAACACACUACACGGGCCAAGACGGAUAUAUAAGUGACACGGAGGACUCGGCAAUCGUCGAAGUAAAUGUGCCAUGUCACGUGACCAAUGAAUUAUAA